AAAUGAGCUGAGUGAGUGAGUGAGUGAGUGAGUGAGUGAGUGAGUGAGUGAGUGAGUGAGUGAGUGAGUGAGUGAGUGAGUGAGUGAGUGAGUGAGUGAGUUGAUUUGUUCAAUGAUCAAUGUGUCAGCCACUUAGUUUAAAAUGUAAACUGCAAAUUUAUGAUCUGCGAAUUUAAAAAAAGCAAACACAGAACGGUUUAAAGGAACCAGUCAUUAUUAAAUCGCUAACUGGAAUGAAAGAUUUUUUUGCCGUCAUGGGAGACAACUUUCAUUUUGUAGUGACAAUACUGUUUAAAUUUUUCUUUUCAAUGGCUGUGCUUCAAAAUAUUUUUUCUUAAAUAAUGUCCUGUUCGCAAACAAAGGCGGUACGAAAAUCGAAGGACAAUGUCAGACGGAUUUCGAAGAGUCACGUGUCGUUCGCACCAGCAACAAUAUCUUAUUUACAUAAAUAAUUUAGCUUUCAAUAUUAACAACAAAAUGAACGAACUAUAUUGGUUCUUCAAUGUACACGUCAGGUAUACUCACGCAACCAAACCAAGUCUCCCGAGGAUUCAAGAGAGUCAGGGCCAGCGCCUCACCAAGGAGUCACACGAGUGACUGUGAAUCCUGUCCUGCUGUGAGGAGAGUCCAAGUAUUUGGACGUGUGUUCGAGUCCCAGAUGGACCAAACUACAGUUGUCAUCAUCACUGUCUCCGCCAUCCUGAUGCUCACCGUGCAUGUUGACGCUGGUCCCACUGUGAGUUUGCAAACGGGGAACGCCGUCUUGCCUGUGGACACAAAACCUAGAACACUAAUCACUGAAGUCUACUGUUCACCUUCGUCCUCUUCGACAACUACGACUACUCCGUCGCCAUAUUCUUGCACCUGUAACAUCAACCCACCAACCAUACCAGUCAACGCUCCUUUCGAUUGCUGGAGACUGACUACAAACGAAAAUUACAAGGUGUACUUCAUCGGUACUCAAGCUGGCAGCACCAAACUGUCCUCUGAUGUCACGCCGUAUUAUCUACAGAUUAAGUGUACAGAUUGGACUGGUGACACUAUAUUACCGAACUAUCUGGAAGUGGACAUUUUGCCUAACCAACAGCCCAUCAUAACUGGUUACCCAGCAGUGACUACCAGUACUAUAGACGCCAAGAACACGGCGUCUGGAACUACAGUCUACACACUGACCGUUACUGAUAAUGAGCAGGAUGCUCUCUCCUACUCCAUGACCCAGAAACCUGACAGUGGCUACUUCACCAUCGGACCUAGCGAUGGGAUCAUCAGGACAGCAGUGGACAUGAAAACUGUGCCGGAAGAUACGGUCAUCUGCACGGUGUCUGUAUCUGACGGGAUCAACACCGUGAAAAAUUUCAUCGUCACCAUCAAACUGUCCAACCUAAACACUCGUCCUUCCAUCACCAACCUACCCGCAACGGUCAACUGACAGAAACACAGCGGCGGUACACGCUGACUACCUUGACCUUUACUGACCCGGAUACUACCCAGACUCUCGUGCCUGAGUGCUCUGUGGAGCCAGCAGACGAGAGCUACAAGUUUACAUAUGAAACUAACACUCGUCGCCUGAAGCUGGUCAGCCUCACGAGCGGCCAGAAGUUGCUGACUACGCAGACGACCAACAGAGUACACCAUCACCUGCUCGGUGUUCGAUGCUACCUGUACUCCACAGUUGACGUGCUGACCGUGUUCGUGUCCCAACAUCAACG